GAGAAUUUUUGUACUAAAAAAAAAGAAUUUCAAAUUUGUUGCGAAAAUAUCAGCUUCUCUAACGGGAUUACUCACAACCAAAGAUUCAAUCUCCGUCCAUGCAGGCGAUCCUGAAUUCCUGACCGCCAAGCAUUCCACCUCCAUCCCUGCCACCCCUGCUGUGCCGCCUCCGCCGCUCCCCACAUACUCCCUCUCCUGCUCGGCGCCAGGCGCUGGUGACCCUGACAUCCCAAGCAACAUCUCUCAGACUCUGUCCCUCGCACUCUCCAAAAACGCAACAUGCGCCGCUGUCUCCGAGACACAGCUGGUUCCCCCCACUGCCGCCGCCAACACCUCCUGCCCCGCCUACUUCCGCUUCAUCCACGAGGACCUCCACCCGUGGCGCGCGGCGGGGGGCAUCACCCACACGAUGCUCGACCGUGCGCGCACCACAGCCAACUUCCGCCUCGUCAUGCUCCAUGGCCGCGCCUACAUCGAGCGCAUCGCGCCGGCCUUCCAGACGCGUGACCUCUUCACCAUCUGGGGCAUCCUCCAGCUGCUCCGCCGCUACCCUGGUCGCAUCCCCGAUCUCGACCUCAUGUUCGACUGCGUGGACUGGCCGGUUGUCCACCCUGACGAGUACCAGGGGGAGAACGCCACCGUCUUGCCGCCGCUUUUCCGGUACUGCGGCGACAAUGAGACACUCGACAUAGUUUUCCCGGACUGGUCUUUCUGGGGCUGGGCUGAGAUCAAUAUAAAGCCCUGGGAUGCGCUGCAAAAGGAUCUGGAUGCUGGCAAUAGGAAGGUGAGAUGGAUAGAUAGAGAGCCUUAUGCUUAUUGGAAAGGGAAUCCAGAGGUCGCAGCUAUAAGGCAAGAGCUGGUUAAGUGUAAUGUUUCCAGUGAGCAAGAAUGGAAUGCACGGAUUUACAAACAGGAUUGGGUCAAAGAGAGCAAGGCUGGAUACAAAAAAUCAGAUUUGGCCCGUCAAUGCACCCACAGGUACAAGAUCUACAUCGAAGGAUCAGCGUGGUCAGUUAGCAAGAAGUAUAUCCUAGCUUGUGAUUCAAUGACGCUGGUGAUUAACCCAAAAUAUUACGAUUUCUUUUCAAGGGUGCUGAUGCCCACUCAGCACUAUUGGCCUGUUCGAGAUGACAGUAAAUGUAACUCCAUAAAGUAUGCUGUUGAUUGGGGAAAUUCUCACAAGAAAAAGGCACAGAAAAUAGGGAAGGAGGGAAGCAAGUUCAUUCAACAAGAACUUAGUAUGGAAUAUGUAUACGAUUACAUGUUUCACCUCUUAACGGAAUACGCUAAGCUCCUAAGAUUCAAGCCAACCAAGCCUCCUGAAGCUGUUGAGGUCUGUCCCGAAUCUUUGGCCUGCCAAGCCAUAGGCAGGGAGAAGAAGUUCAUGGAGGACUCCAUGGUGAAGUCUGCAAACGUCGCUGGUCCGUGCAAUCUGCCUCCUCCCUUUAGCCCUGAGGAAUUCAGAGAGCUACAUCAGAGGAAAGAAAAGUCGAUGAACCAGGUCGAAAUGCUGGAGCGAAAUGCUUCAAAGCCCGAGGAGAGAAAUGCUUCAAAGCCUGAGGAUAGCAAUCGCUGACAACUCCCUGGUCCUUUUAACUUACCUGAGGACAUGCAUAUAAAGUUUGUUAAGCUAUUUAGGAUUCAUGGUUGUACUAAUUUUGUAGUGGUGAUACCAACAACUCCUAGUUUGAUUGUUCCAUUGCGUAACAUCUAAGUUGAAGAUGCUUUUAGAUCUCUCCUGAUCUCCCUCCGUUCAUACGUUGUCAGUUUUUCCCAUUUGUUAUUUUAGUUGGAGAAGUAUAUUUUUUAAGGGUAUUAGGAAUCCUA